GCUCGUCCAAAAGGAGAAGGCCUGACUCCAUACCAGGGCAAGAAACGCUGCUUCGGUGAAUAUAAGUGUCCCAAAUGCAAAAGAAAAUGGAUGAGUGGAAACUCCUGGGCUAAUAUGGGACAAGAAUGUAUCAAGUGCCACAUUAAUGUUUAUCCUCACAAACAGAGACCCCUGGAAAAGCCAGAUGGCCUGGAUGUUUCAGAUCAGAGCAAAGAACACCCCCAGCAUCUGUGUGAGAAGUGCAAAGUUUUGGGCUACUACUGCCGCCGUGUGCAAUAA